AUGAAUUUAACACGCACGUUGCCUCAAUUUUUUUCAGACACUGGCCAGAAGAAGACCUCAGACAAGAAAGAUGGGCGACGAAUGUCUUUUCAGAAGCCUAAAGGGACUAUUGAAUAUUCUGUGGAAUCAAGAGAUACUUUAAACAGUAUUGCCUUGAAAUUUGAUACAACACCCAAUGAGCUGGUUCAAUUAAAUAAGCUUUUCUCCAGAGCAGUCGUUCCUGGACAGAUUUUGUAUGUUCCUGACCCAGACUACAUUUCUAGUGUGGACAGCUCCCCCUCUCUAAGUCCUAUAAGUCCCCUAUCUCCUACAUCUUCAGAAGCAGAGAUUGACAAGGCUACAGUAAAUGAUCCAGAUGGGGUCCAGCAGAAAGAGUUGGCUGCUUCACCAGCACAUGCAUGUGUUCGUCCUGCAAGAGUGGUAUCAUCCACCUCUGAAGAGGAGGAAGCGUUUACAGAGAAAUUUCUAAAAAUUAAUUGCAAGUACAUCACUAAUGGCAAGGGUACGGUCAAUGGUGUGCUGCUAGUGACGCCAAAUAAUAUUAUGUUUGAUCCUCAUAAAAUGGAUCCUCUGGUCCAAGAGAACGGCUGUGAAGAGUAUGGCAUCAUGUGUCCAAUGGAAGAAGUGAUGUCAGCUGCUCUGUAUAAAGAAAUUGUGGACAGCAAAAUUAAGGAUUCAUUAACCAUAGAUGUUGAACAGCUCUCCAUAAGGGAACUUUGCCAUUCCAAGAAAGCUGCAAAAAGCAAUACAGAUGAAAUGGAUUCCAGGAUUCGGGAUACAGGCAAUGACAGCGCUAGUACUGCCCCAAGGAGCACAGAGGAGUCUCUUUCAGAAGAUGUCUUCACAGAAUCGGAGCUCUCUCCAAUACGGGAGGAACUUGUGUCCUCAGAUGAGCUUCGACAAGACAAAUCUUCUGGAGCAUCAUCAGAAUCUGUCCAAACCAUAAACCAGACUAGUGCUGAAUGUUUAACAAUCGUUUCAGACUCCAAUGAAGCUGCCAGUGACUUAAAACCCAGUGCCGAAAUGGUUGUAAAUGUUGAACAGUUGGGUCCUGAUAGCUUAGGUUCAGAAAGCGCUGAAAUGUCUGUAAAGGGGAGACAAGAACCUCGUGAAAAUAUUGCAGGUGUCCUCCAGCAGCCUUUGCGAGGAUCACGCGGUGGGGAGCAUGACGAAGAGGCAGAAGUGGGCAAUGUUCAAGAUUCCUCACUAGGAAAAGCACCAGAAGCAGAGAGUAAGCCAGGAGAGGAGUGUUCACGUUGUGAAGAUACCACAGACUCUCCAAAGCAGGAGACGAGUAGCAAAGGCCAAGUAGCGAGAGUGCGAACUCGAGACUCAGAGACAGAAGUUGAGGAACUCCGCGAACUCUGGAAGACCCACACUAUGCAACAAACGAAACAACAAAGAGAAAAUAUGCAACAGGAUUCAGGAAGAGAAAUGGGUCAAAAAACUCUGGCUGCACGAGAUGGGCAAUUAGAAGGUUCUUCUCUUACAAAAGAAAAAAGACGACAUCGCUCUCACAAGUUUCUGCGUCUCAGGGUUGGCAAACCCAUGAGAAAAACAUUCGUUUCACAAGCGAGCGCAUCAAUGCAGCAGUAUGCACAGAGGGAUAAAAAACAUGAGUACUGGUUUGCUGUUCCCCAAGAAAG